CAACCGGAUAUACCUAAUAAUUUGUGCCUAACAUCGAAAAAGUUCCCAAAAAAACUCACAAAAAGUGAACCAACCCCAUCAAGAUUCUUCAAUCAAAUCCUCAGAUUCGCAGAUUUUUACGCCAAUUUUCAAUCUCUACUGGAAUUAAUGUGAAAAUCCCACAAUUUUUUUGAUGUCUUGGCUUUCAAUUCCACUCCCAAACCCCUUCAACCCCUUCAAGUCCCUUCAGUUUUCCAAUGAUGAGGAAGAAGAAGAUGAUGAAGAAGAUAACCCCGGAAACGACGCCGUUUCUUCCGGCGUCGGCGUGAAGGAGGAUUUUACGGCGAUCGGGGAAUCAAUUGGGCGGCAAUUUCGCGCGUUUAUUUCGCCGGAAACCUCCAAUUCCUGCGAUGGUGGGUCCCCAUCUUCUAGAACAUUCGAGGGUAUCCGAAGUGACUUGGAAGAAAUAAAGGGUACCUUCAAAUCUUCACUCUCUCUCUUCUCCAGUAACAGGGCUGUCUCUGAGAUUUCCAAACUUGCUUCCAAUUUUCUUCAUUUAAAUGAUGAAGAAAAUGAUGUUAAUCGUGUGAAUAGUAGUAAUAGGAAUCAUAAUGAUGGUGAUAAUCAUGAUCAUGAGGAUGAGGAUGAUGAUGAUGAUGAUGAUGAUGAUGAUGAUGAUGAUGAUGAUGAUGAUGAUGAUGUUGGGGUUAAUGAUGAAGUAAUUGAGUUUGCUCAACAGAUUUCUAACCGCCCUGAACUUUGGACUGAAUUUCCUUUAUCACUCGAUCAUGAGUUUGAUAUGUCUGAAGUUCAGUACGAGCAUGCCUCAACUGUUGAGCGGUUGGUUCCAAGUCUGGCUGGUCUCAAAAGCCGAAUUAGCAGGGACAAGAGCGAGAAGCAGUUUUGGAUGAUAUAUUUUAUUUUGUUGCUUCCAAGGUUAAAUGAGGAGGACCUGGAGCUUUUAUCGACUCCUGAUAUUGUUGAAGCAAGAGAGACACUGUUGAUGAUGCUUCGAGCUAAGAAGAGCGAUGACAUCAAUUAUGACAAUCUCCAAUCGGGUAGCUCCUCUGAUUUGGACAAUGAAGGUCAUGAAACACGAAUAGACAAUAGCCAAUCUGUGAAAAAUGUAACAACAUCUGAGGAUCCAAGUACAUCAAAAUGUGUCGAGGGUAAUGAGUGUAGCAACAUCAAAAAGAUUCUAGAGACAGGGGAUGGGAUCAAAUUUUCUUCUACUGAUCCUAACCAAUCAGAUGCUAAGCAUGAAAAUUCAAAUGUAAGUGUUGUAACUGAAGAGCAUGGAAUAAAUGACAAUGGGAAAGAAAAAGAAAAAUCAGUUACUAAAGGAACUUCUGGUGAUGCUCCAAAGAAAUUUCAAAGUGAAGAUGAUGUCUCUUUCAGUGAUCUUGAAGACGAUGAUAGUGAUCUCCCUAACAGACAUUCAAGGUCAGGGCCAUCACAGUUAACGGGAAGUUCAUCACCUGAAGGGUCCAGUGAUUGGGGUCGAUUGAAUAAAAAUGUGGAAGCCAAGGUAUCAAGCUUGCGUGAAAGAGACUCGGAGGGUGAGGACUCGGCUGGCUGGCUUACAGUCGAUGAUUUCGACACUUGAUAGUUUGGCCAACGUUCUUAAAAUUACUGGAUCCUUGUAAAGCCUUGAAUUGUUUUCUCCCCGUCUUUUUUUUUUUUUUUUUUUUUUUUCCCGGUUUUAUAUCUGUGCGGUGGUGUUUGAAACAUUGGUCCCUAAAAGAUCCUUGGUUACAUAAAUCAAAGAUGAAGAAAUGAUAUAUGCCCAUGUCACUGUUUUGCACUUUUGCUGA